UGAGGUCGAUUUCUGGGAGUUGGCUUUCCAUACAUGGACAUAUUCAAUACGGUUGUUUCCUGCUUGCGAGACGCAGGGCGCGCGCAAACAUACGCAAACACACAUGGACCUGCCCAAUUCCAUAAGUUUCAUUUUCUGUUUUGUCAGCGGACCAAUAAUCCACACGUGAACCAAAACCUCCCGAAUCCGUAGGGUACAGACCACCUCUGGAUUUUAUUAACAAAGAGUUCAGAGUAUUCCCGUCUAGACCUCCGCUAAAAUGGCUGAAGAAAACCCUCCUCCUCUCAAACAUUUCCUGACCUGCAGUGUGUGCACUGAGAUCCUCAAGGACCCGGUGUCUCUGGGCUGUCACCACAGCUUCUGUUCCAGCUGUCUCCAGGACUUCUGGGGCCAAGCGGAGAACAAGAACUGUCCCGUCUGUAAGAGGAAAUCCUCAAAGGAGCUAGUCGUUAACUUUUCCAUCAAGGAGCUCGCUGACUCCUACGCUGGAAGACAGAGGUCUGCCCCCUCUGAAGAGGCCCAGGUGGUCUGCACUGAACCCUCCCAGAGGUCUGCCCCCUCUGAUGAGGACCAGGGGGUCUGCACUGAGCACUUAAAGGAUAUCAAGUGGUUCUGUAAGGAGGAGCAGAGAGCUGUGUGUCAUGUGUGUGAGUUCCCUCACCACCAGGGUCACACGGUGGUUCCUCUAGAAGAACAAGUCCAGGAGCUGAAGCAGCAGCUGAGACCUGACCUCAGGGCUCUACAGGCCAGGAGGAGCAGACACCAGGAGCUGGAGGAGACGUAUGAGGCCAUGGUUCCUCACCUCAAGGGACAGCGGGUGAAGACCGAGAGGCGGAUCAGAGCAGAGUUUGAACAGCUUCACCGGUUCCUGAGAGAGGAAGAGAAGGCCAGAGUGGCGGUCCUGAGAGAGGAAGAGGAGCAGAAGAGGAAGAGGAUCCUCCUGGAGAGGAAGACCCUUCAAGAAGCAGACCUGCAGAAGGACGGCCUGUCGUUCCUCAGCGCUUCCACGCGCUCCCGGACCAGCGCCAGAGCCCUGCUCUCCGGUUCUGAUCCCCAGCUGCUUCCUGGAGCGCUGCUGGACGAGGCCAAACACCUGGGAAACCUGGCCCACAGAGUCUGGGAGGAGAUGGGGCAGAGGACCACCUUCAGCCCCGUUAUUCUGGACCCAAACACUGCGGCACGCUCACUCUCUCUGUCUGAUGAUCUGACCAGCGUGAGAUGUAGCGAUGUAACCCAGAAGGUUCCUAACAACCCAGAGAGGUUCACUAGGUACCGUAAUGUUCUGGGCUCUGAGGGCUUCAGCUCAGGGGAGCACUGCUGGGAGGUGGAGGUGGGAGACCUUCCUAUAUGGAGAAUAGGUGUUGCUAAAGAGUCAGUGGAGAGGAAAGGAGAGUGUACUGGUUCACCAGCUAAUGGAAUCUGGUGUUUACUCCACCGCAGUGGAAAGUACACUCAGGGUACUGGUAAAACCCUGACAUUGAAGAGGACUCCAGAGAGGAUCAGAGUCCAGCUGGACUAUGAUGGAGGGGAGGUGUCCUUCUACGACACUGAAGACAUGACUCUCAUCUACACCCAUCAACACACUUUCACUGACAACAUCUUCCCUUACUUUGGUGUUGGAGCAGCAGGUGAAGCCCGGACCAAAGAUGUUAGAGUGUGUGGGGUCUCCUCACGCACUAAACCAUGUAAAUGAAUGUAACCUUGUCAGAUCUGUUUGCCUGCUAGAGUCUCUGGUAUAUAGAAACACAGUAUCCUCUCUCUCUCUCUCUCUCUCUCUCUCUUUCUCUCUCUCUCUCUCUCUCUCUCUCUCUCUCUCUCUCUCUCUCUCUCUCUCUCUCUCUCUCUCUCUCUCUCUCUCUCUCUCUCUCUCUCUCUCUCUCUCUCUCUCUCUCUCUCUCUCUAAUAUAAUCAGGUAAUAAUCUAAGAGUAGAACAAAGAAACAAAUCAACAGGUAUAUUACAACAAAAUAAUAUGAGUCCACCUUGUGGUCAAUGUAUGGAAUGACACAUAUAGUCCACAGAGCAAGAAAACACUGCCUGCAGUUACAUAUAUAUAUAUAUAUAUAUAUAUAUAUAAUGUAUAUAUAUAUAUAUAUAUAUAUAUGUGGAUCAAUAUAUCUAGUUGUGUAUAUAUAUGAGUAUAGUAUCAUAGACGGUAGAGGAUGGUCAGUGAAGGUCUCAGUGCAGCCUGUGGAUCAUUAACAGUGUGGGAUGUGUGUGUUUAACACAAUAUUGUUGUGUUAACACCUACACAAGAAUCACAUGGGGAAAUAAUAAUCAUCUAUCAAACGGUUGGUUGUGUAAUUCUAUUACUCUUGGUUUUAGUCAAUGCUGUUCAUUCCUGUCUGUGUAUUAGUCUCUACCCUCACUGUUUGGGACGUAUCGGUUUAUACAUAUUCACGCAAGGUAUAGAAAGGUGUUAGGGUUUGAUUCCAGGGUUUAGGGUUUAGUAACAGAGGAAAUCAAUCAGAACAUAAUGAUGAAUUAAUUAUUAUGCUAUUAAUUAUUAUGAAUAGUGAUUAUUCAGAUCACUGUGAUUCCAUUCCCGUUAACCAACUAAAAGUUAUUUCUUACAAUAAACAUGUGUCGGCCUGUU